UCUGGGACAGCACUUCAACAGUGGAUAUCGGCAUUUACCCGACUUUCGCCUGCUUCUCAAACUCAAGGCUCAGCCAUUCUGGACUUGAUCAUUCCCAAGGUCGCUUCCAGGCCCAACGUCACUUCUUUAGCCAAGGUUCUUUUUGAUACAUCCAAAGAACUUCCCACUGGCUCUGGGGUAGACUCUACUUAUAGUUUUGGUAUCCACAGCUUCAUUCAAGAUCUUUUCAAUGCCGGGCAAUACUGUCCACUCACGCUCUUCACCAACGCUAACACGGAACGUCUUCACCGAGAAGGCUACUCCCUCAAACGCUCCAAGAUCAACGUCAACGGCGUUUUGCACCAUUUGCUUGAUCUCUCCCAACUCGAGAAUGAGUUGGAACUGGACACCUUGUCCUGGCAAGAAGCCUAUCAACGCUACCUCACAUGGAUUAAAGAUAUCGGCGACCCCCUUUCACACACCCGCUGGUCGAAUCAUUUCACCACCCUUUCCAAAGAUGAAGCCAUAUGUAAGAAUUUUCGUGCUAUCCUUGAGUUUGAUGUUGAAACUAGACAAAACUAUGCCUUGCGU